AUGAUCAAAACAAAAGUCGUCCCUUUACAAAAAGCCUUUAUAUAUGAACAAAUCAUUGAUGAUGUCAUAAAUGAAUCAAGACAAGAUUUUGAAGAUAGUGGUAUUGAUGAAGCUACAUUACAAGAUUUAAGAAAUAUAUGGCGUGAAAACUUGUCACAAACUAAAGUUGCUCAAUUUUCAUGGGCCCCAGAUUCAGCACCAACAGAACUUUUAGGUACAGAUCAAGCUAUAGACACAACAAACCCAAAUCAAACUGAUAAUGGUGUUAAAAAGGAAGAUUCAUCUGCUUCAAUACCUCAAGAGUCUACAGCCAAUUUUGAACUUGAGAUAAGUGGUAAUAAUGCUACUGUGUCUCAAAAAUCUAAAGAAAGUUCAGAAAAGAAAGAAAGAACUUUGGCAUCAUUAGAUUCUGAUGAUAUAAAUUCAGAUCUAGAUGAUUCCGAUGAAGAAGAUUUAGAAGAUGAUGAGGAUGCAGAUGAUGCAGAAGGUAUGAUUAUUUUAUGUCUAUAUGAAAAAGUUUUAAGAGUGAAGAACAAAUGGAAAUGUAACUUGAAAGAUGGUGUUGCUAAUAUCAAUGGUAGAGAUUAUGCUUUUGCUAAAGGUACAGGUGAAUCUGAAUGGUGA